CAUCAUAACGACGUUCCAGCUCAGCGGCUGGAGGAGCACAUUACAAGUAUGGCUGGAGACAGUGAGACACAUUUAGGGGACCGCGGCGAGAACACCCAGGUUGUUCGGCAACCUUUCCUCAUCGGUGUCUCCGGUGGCACUGCCAGCGGCAAGUCGUCUGUGUGUGAGAAGAUCAUGGAGCUCCUGGGACAGAACAAGAUUGACCACCAUCAGCGGCAGGUGGCGAUCCUCAGCCAGGACAGCUUUUACAAGGUGCUGACUCCUGAGCAGAAAGCCAAGGCACUCAAGGGCCAGUUUAACUUUGAUCAUCCAGAUGCCUUUGACAGCGAGCUGAUCAUACAAACACUGAGACAGAUCCUUCAGGGGAAAACUGUCCAGAUCCCAGUUUAUGACUUUGUCACUCAUUCCAGGAAAGACGAGUUUGUUAUGGUGUAUCCGGCUGAUGUGGUCCUGUUUGAGGGCAUCCUCAUGUUCUACUCGCAGGAAAUCAGAGAUCUGUUCCAGAUGAAGCUGUUUGUUGACACAGAUCCCGACACACGGCUGUCGCGUCGAGUUCUGAGAGACAUCAGUGAACGUGGCAGAGACCUGGAGCAAGUGCUCAGUCAGUACAUCACUUUUGUGAAGCCGGCCUUCGAGGAGUUCUGUUUACCUACGAAGAAGUAUGCAGAUGUCAUUAUUCCACGAGGAGCAGAUAAUCUUG